CCGGUGGCGCCCGGCCCGUCAUGGCGGCGCCCAGGGAGGCGGCGGAGCGGCGGCCCUUCGGGAGGCGCUUCCUCACCGACCCCGCCCGCCUCUUUCAGCACAAUGCCUGGGAUAAUGUGGAAUGGUCAGAAGAGCAGGAAGCCAGUGCCAGGAGUAAAGUUCAAGAGAACAGCUCACAGCUAUUGCCACAAGAUAAACAAGAGGAAUAUGAGGUGAAUGCUAAAAGGUACUGGGAUGACUUUUAUAAAAUCCAUGAAAAUGGCUUCUUCAAGGACAGACACUGGCUGUUCACUGAAUUUCCUGAGCUGGCACCUAACAGGAAACCAAGGCAAAAUGGGGAUUCCGUGCAUGAAUGUAGUAACAAAGAAGAAUCCAACAAUGAGGGGCUGGGAAGCUGUGCAAAUGGACAUUGUUCAUUGGAAACCAGGGCAGAGAAUCAGUUAAACGUGAUAAAAAGCACACCCAAGAUCUGCACAGAGGAGCUGGCUGCACAGAAGUGUUGUGAGCUGAACCAAAAUGCUGGAGAUUAUCCGGGAUCGGCUGCAUCUUACCGAAUAUUAGAGGUUGGCUGUGGUGCUGGAAAUACUGUCUUCCCAAUUUUACAGACCAACAAUGACCCAGACCUUUUUGUUUAUUGCUGUGAUUUUUCUACAACAGCUGUGGAUCUUGUCCAGAACCAUGCGGAAUACGAUUCUUCUCGCUGCUUUGCCUUUGUCCAUGACCUGUGCAAUGACCAAAGUCCUUUCCCAAUGCCAGACCAGAGUCUUGACGUUGUUAUUCUUAUCUUUGUCCUCUCAGCGAUUCUCCCAGAGAAGAUGCAGUGCAUCGUUAACAGACUGAGUCGCCUUCUGAAACCAGGAGGGAUGAUGUUGUUACGAGAUUAUGGCCGUUACGAUCUGGCCCAGCUUCGAUUUAAGAAAGGUCAGUGUCUCUCUGAUAACUUCUAUGUGAGAGGUGAUGGCACCAGAGUCUACUUCUUCACACAAGAUGAAUUAAAUGAUCUCUUCACAACAGCUGGGCUGGAGAAAAUCCAGAAUCUGGUUGAUCGGCGAUUGCAAGUGAACCGUGGGAAACAAAUGACCAUGUAUCGAGUGUGGAUCCAGUGCAAAUACCGCAAACCUGCUGCUCCUCAGCUGUGAGAGAACACAAACACCACAAGCAAGCCUGCUGCCCCUCAACUGGGAGGAAACUGGGGUGUGUUUUUUAGGUUGGAGCCUUUUCAUGGCCAGCGUGUCCUCUGAUGAGGCACAGUUUUACAGAAUUCAGCACACACAGGACCUCAGUGCCUUUUACAGUGCCAAGCAUCACUGCAAGUGAGUUUUGUUAAGGAUGAAUGCUCUAAGAGGAGACCAAGCAGGAUUUUAGAUGUCUUGCUGCUGGUCUGAGUUUUUUAAAUUAUUUAUGGUUUUAACAACUUAAGAAACGGUCGAACUGCUGAGUAGCGUGUCACUCUUAGUCUGGAUUUACACAUGAAACAGAAGGAGAUCUUCAAUCGACCUUACCUCUGUGUUGUGUACUCUUGUCUUGGAAACAAAAAACACACAAAGGGUAAAUCUGCUUCUCUUUGCAACUGGUCACUGUGCCCAAUGUGGAUCCCUUUGCCAGCUGUUCUCAUGCAGCUCUUUUCUAGUCAUCCAGGUUUGUGCAACUCCACAAGUUAAAAUAUAUUGAUAGAGGGCAGGAACUGAAAACAUGCUGGUUUCUCUGUGCCAGCUCCCUCAUGGGUGCCCUGUGGUGUGCAGAUAACCUGUGGAGAAAGCAGAUUACACUGCCUUGCCCUGGCUGUCCACAAGAGCAUUCAUCUAGGAAGCAAGCAUGCUAUAGCUUGGGUGCUAUAAAUUCAUAACGGGCAGGGGUCAGGCUUUCAAAGAUUUGGGGCAGAUGCCAGUUUUGGGGCACAUCCAGAACACAGAGUAUCACAAGCAGCUCACGGGACCAGGGUUUACGCAGAAUUACCUGCUUUUUUUUGUGCUUAAACAGUGAGAAACUCUUCUUGGUGGCUGCAGCCCCCAGGUCACGCACUGCACUGCCCUGCCGUGCUGGGGUGCUAAACCCAAGGAGACAAGACAGCUGCCUUUGAUAAGAAAUCUCAAGAAUGUCUACCACUCUUGUUUAAUUCCUUAGAGGAAGCCAACAUUGUGGCUUUCUGAAGGUAUUUCCCCACCUUUGACAGCAAAUAUCUUUUAUCUCAGCUUGUUUUCUUUUGUUAUUUUUAGGGCGUGGUACAACAGGUAUUAGAAUAAAUUUUGUGGUAAUGCUUUUCA